CAUGUCGCCUUCCAAUACUUAUAAAUCGAACCUUUUUAGGAACCUUCGAAUCACUUUCAUAAGUUGAUAUUAAUGCAUUGUAGAUCAUCUUGUUAAAUUUCAUAUUAAUUCUUCCAACAGUAUUCUUGUAUCAAUAAUCCUUCAUAAAGAAAUUUUUUCACAGAUCAAGCAUAGGUAUCACAGUUGAAGAAGCUUUACUAUGACAUUUUGUUUUCCCAAUUCCCAGCCCAAUAGAAUACUCAUUGUGAAGUUGAAAUUUGAGGCUUCUCAUGCAUCACAUAACCUCUUUUAAAAUGUGAUUUAAUGCAUCUACAGGUGAUCAAUGCUCCCUAUAAUCAUAGGUAUCACAGUCAUUAAGGACAAAAUGUCUUUAAUCAUUGCAAAGCAUAGAUCAAGUAGGGAUUCUUGAACUAACAAUAAAUUAUCAGAAGUUGGGUGAAGCUUUACUAUGACAUUUUGUUUUCCCAAUUCCCAGCCCAAUAGAAUACUCAUUGUGAAGUUGAAAUUUGGGGCUUCUCAUGCAUCACAUAACCUCUUUUAAAAUGUGAUUUAAUGCAUCUACAGGUGAUCAAUGCUCCCUAUAAUUAAUUGAAAUCGCACGGAGUUCAUUAAAUGGUUUUGCAGGCUUGGAAGCUGAAAGAAGAAAACAGGCUUCUAGACCUUGUUGAUUCAGAACUAAGUGAAUAUGAUGAGAGCGAGGUGUAUCGGUUCCUUAUAGUGGCUCUAUUUUGCACCCAAUCAGCUGCUCAGCACAGACCAAGCAUGAAGCAAGUACUGGAAAUGCUUUCCAAGGAAGUUCAUCUUAAUGAGAAGGCAUUGACUGAGCCCGGAAUAUAUAGAUGGCACAGCACAGGAAAGAAAGGUGGUUCUUUGAAUGAGACAUCAUCUUCUCAAGCAGUCAAGCACAAAAAAACUGAAAAUCCACAUGAAGCAGCAACUUCAACUCUCUUUAGUGGCACAGAUAUUGUGACAGAGAUGCUUCCAAGGUGAUGGCUACUCGUGCACGUGCCAUUGGGUACAUAUUUGUGGGAUGUGAUCAUAUUUAUCAUUAUAGUUGUUAGGAAUAAGAUCCAUGUGUUUCCAAAGGGAAAUAUAAGAUCAUGGGAAGAAAGACCAUGCUUCAUCAGCAUCUAUGUGUGUGAGCAUAUACAUAUUUUCACUUUGUUAAUUAUUUCUUUCUGCUGUUAAAGGAAUGAUGAUGAUCUUUUAUAUUUUUGGAUACGAUGUUCAAUUUUUAUUCUCGCAUUGUUUAUUGGUUCCUCUUGUGUUUUGUGCU